AUGGGAAAAAUUCUCCACUGCGUUAGUCACUCAUGUAGGACACACGAUACGACAGGUGGGGUGAUGCCUUACCUCCUCUCUAAAAAACAAAUCAGCUAUACACAACACAACAGCAGAAAUAUCAACUCGAAAAAUGCCUACCUGUACGAUUUGUACAGAUCUUUGGAGAACUGCAAAAAUGCAAGUAACCUGUACAAACUGAGCUGCAAAAUAAAGGGGUGCCAAAUAUAUGACCUGUACAUAUGGAGAUUAAUAGAACAGAAGUUUUACAAAUUUCAUAAGGAUCUAACACCCAAAGAAAUUUCCUCUAUCAUUAAUCAUUUUAAGCAAAUAAAAAUUAAUGACAGUAAAAUAUACGAACGCUGUGUUGAUAUAAUUCUUCCAACCAUAGGUUCCUAUUCGGUACAAGAUUUGUCUGUCCUAUGUUUGUCUCUCACGUACUUUAAUAAAGUGAACUCCUCCUUUAUGGACAGAGUAGCAGAUGCUAUAAUUAAAUUAUACGAGAGCGAAAAGACCAAAAUACAACAACUGUGUAAAAAAGAGCUUCAACAAAUUUUCAUUUCCUACGUACAUAUAAUUGGAGCCUAUAGCAAAGUAGGCCAUAAGCACAUUGAAUUAUUUAAAAUAGCUUCUGUAUAUAUUCAUUUGGCACUUACUGCCGAUAUGUACAUUCCUCCCAAAAUCCUUAUCAAGAUAAUCACCUCCUAUUCGACGGUCAAAAUAAAGCACAGCAAAAUAUUCGAGCUAAUAGCCAAGCACAUACCCACGGUCAAAAUUACGGAUGACGAACUGAAGAGCAUAAAGCGAAAUUUCGACCAACUCGGCUACUCCUGUGAAACCCUGGACAAGUACAUCCAAUACAGGCUAUCCUAA